UUCGCAGUCUAAUAAAGGAAGUAACCGGUGGGGGCCCCCUCGUAGUUGCAGAAGUGAAACAAGCCAGUAGACCUUAACAACAACCCAUGCAAUGAGACCUGCCAUUAGCAGCCAAGAGCCGCAUUCAAAAGGCUGCAAAAAGAGACGGAGAAUAGGAGGACGGUCGCGGUGUGCCAUGUUGGCCGAAGCUUUCCUCAGAGUGCUGCAUUACAGGGAGGACAGAGCGCUGGGCUCUUCUCCCCAGCCGGCCACUUUGCAGGCACACGCUGCGGAUCGGUCCCACGUCCUUCUCUCCGACUCCACAGACCUACAGACUGAUUCAGCUAACCGAGCAGGUCCCACCAAGGUGGAACUAGGCCGCGCUCGAUGCCGGGGACUAAACGUGGCGCCUGAAGGUCCUGUAGGCCUCCUAAUCCCUGGGUGUCCACCGGUCCUCCCCCUGGACCCUGACUUCAUGGUUUGCUUAGACAACUGCAGCCUCCUGGAACAGUAUCCGGACGUGCAGGUGGCCACCAUUCCCCAGCACGCCCUUUACUCCUCUGCCCCGGAGUCCUGUCGUGUGCCAGAAGGGCCCACCCAACAGGGGCCCCAAGGCGAGCCCCUCCUGUCCAUACCAGACCAGGGUUAUCUGGCCAUGGGGCCCAGUGUGAACAUCAGCUUCGAUCUGUCCGAGGCAGGUUUGGAGCCUAUGUCCAACUCGGUGUUGAAUGGGCUGCUGGAGAAGCAGCUGGAGGAGGUGUACAUGCAGCACCUGACAGACAACUUGGCUCGAUGUGACUCCCACCUGGGAAACAGCCUCCUGCGGGGCCUGGUGCCUCCGCCCCCGCCCGGCAGCAGGCAGCCUCGGGGGCCCGACUCACUGGAGGCCAGUCUGGAACAGGGAUCAGGAGGGGACAGCCGCAAGAAGAUUAGUUAUCCGGGAAACCAGACCUCGGUUCCAUGCUCGUCCAACUUCAGCUCUCCUGUCCUGAGGAUUUCAGAGGCUGAAACUUAUCUGCAAUGAGGGAUACCGAGCAAAUACCAAAAGCAAAAGUAUUUUAUGUGAUGAUCACCUAAACCUAUAUUUACACAAUUUCUAUGUUUGCUUACUUGGUGAAAUGAAACUUAAAAUGUUCCUGCUUUCAUGUGCCACCUUCUGUUCGGUUUGAGAACUACAGUCUACAGUAUUAUACUGGUUGAAUUCCCUGUAGUGAUGUGUGCAUGGGUGCAUGCAGGGUAUUUAUUAUUUGGAAGUAAAGAAUGACCCAGCAUCAUGUCACUAUUUUAUUUAGGAAUCAAUUAUUCUGUUUUUAUUUGCUAACAAUUCUGUUUUUCAUAUUGUGCUUGGCAAAAUAUUUCAAGAAUUUCUUGGUUUGCAAGUGAUGUGUCAGUCACUCAAUGAUGUUUAGAUAUACUGUAUAUUAAAUAAAUUAAAUAGUGGAGUGAAGAGGGUUUAUCAUAUUAUCACAUACCUUUUUUACAAUUUAUCUAAUUUGAGGCAAUAGGUAUUUACCUAUUUGAAAUAAUGCUGAUUUAGUAAAAGUACUUUAUUACCCAGAAGGCUGUGGAUACAUGAUGAACGAAGGCCUCCCUGCAGCCCAUCAUAGAUCAACCUCGAGGAACAUUACAUUUACACAAUAUAGAGAUCAAUAACGACCUCUAACAUGGUUUACAAAUUAUUAAAACCAACCAGAAAAGUCAAAUUUACCUUUAAAUGAGCAACUGCAAACAAACUUGAUGAUAUUGAAUAUUGAUGGCAUACCUCACUAUGAUACCUAUGGAGGAGUGGAAUCAUGUCCCAGGGUCCAAUGUCUUACUUUGUUGCACAUCACACAAAUCGGUUAGCUAAACAUCUCAGUUCCAUUUGUUCUGUGGUUCACCAUCUUACAAAAAGAGAAAAAUACGGGAAUUUCUAAAUACUUAUACUUAUGUGGACUCUCACUUUUUUGGGGUAAAUUAGAAAAGAUUAUUUUAAAAGAACAUUUAAGUCCUGAAUCUCCUUUUUCACCAUUAAUAAACAUUUGAUGUGGUUUAGAUGAUGUUGGUUAUGAAUAUUUUCAUGCUUUUCAAGCUCUGCAAAAAUAUUUUCUCCAAUAGGGA